AUGGAACGUGCGAUUAUUUCAAAUGAAAUUAUCUUUGAUGAGAAAAAGGAUAUAGACAAUUCUUUUAUCUUUUGUUUGAUCUUCUCUGUGAUUCAUGUGGUCUCCUCGAAAUUCGAUUCAUCCAAUCGUCCAACGAUUGAACUCUCCGUUUAUCCCAAUUCUGGAAUCUCCACGGAAAAUAUUCAAGUUCGCUGUCAGAUCAUCCAGCCAAUCUCCAAAUCUCCAUUAGCAUCAUCGAAAUUCGAUAAUGUUUAUCUAUCCGUGAAAACCGAUAAUGUUAAACCAUCCGGCAUUUUCUUAAUGUUUGAUGAUAGUAGUGAUGGUUGUCGAAUCAAUCGAGAAAAUGUUCGAGUUGAUGUAUGUAAUGCAUCACUUCUACUUGUUCAUAUUAAUCAUACAAUACUAAAUGAAACACUUCACAAAAUAGAUUAUUCAUGCUCGAAAGGAACUACUUACGCAUAUAGUUCAUAUAGAAUAAUAAAAGAUCAAUCUGCACGUUAUUACGAUCCAACAUACAAUUCAUCAACAUGUUUAACAUCUACUUGUUCACUUCUCGUAUUCUUUGUUUGUUUAUUCGUACAAAUUCAAAGAAUAACAAAUCUGUUUUCAUCUCUCUAA